AUGGCUAUGAAAGAAUUCCAUGAUAUUGAUGAAAAAGUAACAAAGAGUGUAGAUUUGGAUGCCAUGAUAUCCCAAAUGAAUGUUGAUCAAAAGAGAAUAUUCGAAAAAGUGAAACAUAUUUUGACUUUCAAGGAGGAAAUAUUACGCCUUUAUAUCAGCGGUGAAGGUGGCACAGGUAAGAGUUUCUUAAUUGAGGUCAUUCAAACAUGGAUCGCGAAAGAGUUGAAUGGACAGAGUGCAGUUACAGCUCCCACAGGUAUUGCAGCUUAUAAUGUCAAUGGAUUGACUAUUCACAGAUACUUCCAACUUCUAAUAGAACAUGAUGAUACUCCAAAAUAUAAGCAAUUAUCCGAUUAUUUAUUGAAACUAAUGCGUGAACAGAUGCGAGACGUCAAGCUCAUUAUCAUUGAUGAAAUAUCAAUGGUGUCUAAUACUACCUUGAUGUACAUCAAUCAACGACUCAUGGAAAUAUUUAAUACAUUCGAACAGACUGAUGGAUGGUUCGGUAAAAAACAUAUUCUCGUGUUCGGAGAUUUGUUACAACUACCCCCUGUUCGUCAAGAUCCACCAUAUAUGAAAAUCCCAUCAAAUGCAGUCGAAAAACGGUUAGGAUCUAUGUGUAGUGUCAAUCUUUGGGUCGAUUUAUUCAGCUACGAUGAAUUGACAAUCAAUAUGCGUCAGCAGAAGGAUAAAGUGUAUGGAAAUCUUUUAUCUCGUUGA